AUGAAUCUACGCCACGUGCACAUUGAGGUAGCGGCGGCACAGACUGCAAGCGGGCGCAGUCGAAAGCUACUGGCGAUUCUUGCUACACCGGAGGAACACAACGAUGAGGCGCAUGAAAUCUUCGACGAGGCCAUGGUGUAUCUCCAUGGAUUCCCAGACAUGGGCGUGCAUCCUACCAAAGUGGAUUUCGCUUCUCGAGUGCCUGCCAAACUUGCCGAGUUUUGGGUAACCCAGAAAGAUAAGAAAAAUAUCUUUCUGACCUUUAACUUCGGCGGCGUCCCUGGGUCGGACAAUGAACUACGAUUCACAGACAAACUCAUCUCCUUAGAAGUUGAGGACAUGGUCGUCGUGUGCAACUACAUUCGCUCUCAUUUUCUAGGCGGAAAGGGAAAAGUGCAUGCAGUUGGUCUCUCCACUGGAGCCAUUUUGGGCGCUUUGUUGCGUGAUAAACACGUAGUGGAUACCAUCACAGUUAUCGCUGGCUUGUUGGACAUGACAAAAGGUGUUCAUUUCGACUUUAACAAGCUGCAACUGGAGCAAAGCGAGCAGCAAGGCUGGUGCUGGAAGGAGUUCUACCUUGAGGAAGGUUGUCCGCUGCCAAAGGACGUUGAACUGUCUCUCGAUGGCGUUCAACCCACCACCAGAUUGACUGAUGAAAAUGCCCCUUCAAAGAUUUACGUGCGUCUGGAUAAACGCUACAUUGACGAGUACUACGACGGGUCGCUGGAUAUCUUGAAAGCUGUAUCAAGACCGGGAUUGCCGCCGUUUCUGGUGAUUCAUGGCGACGCUGAUACGGAUGUGCCAUAUCCGAACGGAGAGGAAUUAUUUGCAGCCGCAGCUGAGCCCAAGACUUUCUUGGCGAUCCCGAAAGCCAACCACUUGCUGUCGAACUCAAAGCAUUUGAAGAAAGCGCUGCGUGCGAUUGCAGAGCACGUUGCGAGGCAACAACAGGAGUUGUCGAACUGA